CUUAAUAAGAAGAUUAUUGAUCCUGUAUGCCCAAGACAUACUGCAGUCAUUGAAGAGGGAUGAGUGUUAUUGACUCUCUCUAAUGGCCCUGAGAAGCCAUUUGUCCGCAUAAUACCUAGGCAUAAGAAGUAUGAAGGUGCUGGAGAGAAGGCAACAUCAUUCACAAGGAGCAUAUGGAUAGAUCGAGCUGAUGCAGAGUCGAUAUCAGUAGAUGAGGAAGUGACAUUGAUGGAUUGGGGGAAUGCCAUUGUUAAGAAGAUUGACAAAGACCAAGAUGUUAAUCUUGCGCUCACAGGGGUUUUGCAUCUUGAAGGAUCUGUGAAAACCACCAAACUGAAGCUUACCUGGCUGCCUGAAAUAGAUGAACUGGUUAAGAUCUCGUUGAUGGAGUUUGAUUAUCUGAUAACAAAGAAGAAGCUUGAGGAAGGCGAGGAUUUCGUUGAUGUGCUUAACCCAUGUACCGAAAAGGAGACAGCAGCCCUUGGGGAUCCCAACAUGCGAAAUCUGAAGUGUGGAGAUGUAGUGCAACUUGAGAGGAAAGGAUACUUCAGAUGUGAUGUUCCCUACCUCAAGCCUUCAAAGCCUAUUGUUCUCUUUGCAAUCCCCGACGGCAGGCAGCAGGCUGGGUUAAAGUGAAGAACUUCAUCAAGAAUAUUUGGCUUAAGGAUGUGAUUUAAUACUUGUUAUUCCAAAUUGAAUGGUAGAGCUUUUAACUAGUUUGACCUAAAAGCAUCUUUCAGUUCUAGUAGUCUUCUAAUAUUUGGCAAUGUUAGGAUGGAAUGAGAUUUCUGUCACUUAUUUUGUACUGAAUCUUUAGCUGUAUACUAGCAAGUCGGCAUGCGCAAUGUUGCAGGUUUGAUUUUUUCCCGAGUUUUGUAUGUAAUAGACGAACACUCGCAAUCCAAGAAACAUCGGCUUAUAGUA